UAAAGAAAUAAAAAUGGAAAGUUGUGAUGUAGUACUGUUAGACUUUUGGGCUAGUGUGUUUGGUAUAAGGGUCAGAAUUGCUUUGGCUGAAAAGGGUGUGAACUAUGAGUACAAAGAACAGGACUUGGCCAAUAAAAGUCAACUCCUCCUUGAGAUGAACCCAGUUCACAAAAAAAUUCCGGUUCUCAUUCAUGGUGGUAAGCCCAUAUGUGAAUCCAACAUCAUUGUUCAGUAUAUCGACGAGGCCUGGAAUGACAAGUCUUUAACCUUGUUGCCUUCUGAUCCUUAUCUCAAAGCUCAGGCCAGGUUUUGGGCUGACUUUAUUGACAAGAAGUUAUAUGAUGCUGGGAAGAGGAUAUCCGCUUCAAAAGGAGAAGAGCAGGAAGUUGCAAAAAAGGAAUUCAUAGAUUUGUUGAGGGUGUUGGAAGGGCAGCUUGGUGAAAAGCAGUAUUUGAUCGGGGAGAGUUUUGGGUAUGCAGAUAUCGCAUUGAUACCGUUUAGCUUCUGGUUUUAUACACUGGAAAAGAUGGCGAAUAUGAGUAUAGAAAACGAAUGUCCAAAGUUGGUUGCCUGGAUUAAAAGGUGCAUGGAAAGAGAGAGCGUCUCCAAGUCUAUUCCUGAUCCCCUUAAGUUCUACGAGUUGGCGAUGGAAUCACUGAAGAAACAAGGUCACUAAUACUACACCGUACUGAGGUAAUGAGCUAGGAUAGUAAAAGUAAUAAGAAUAAGAUACUUGGUUGUGUCUAGCUCGUAUGGUUGUUUCGAACUUUCAAUUUACUAGUAAUUUGGUCCUAAUCGAAUACUUUUUGUUAAGAGUACUUGUUAAUUUAUAAAUGUUUCAGUUAACUUACAAGUAAAUUGGUCUUAAUUGGAA